AUGACUUUUAAUUUUCUCAUAAACGACAAAAAUAUAGCCAAUUUUUAAUAUUAAAGAAAAGGAGGUAAUAAUUUAUUACUUUUAAGGUUUUGUAAUUGACAAAAUUAUAGUUCAUCCAAUUAACCUUAAAAGUUUUUGUUAUUUUCUAUUCUUGUACUUCGAUGAAAUAUUCAAUUCGUGUUAUAUAAAAAUAUAAGUAAAUUAUAUACUUAGAUCAAUCUCAGUUUAGAGAAAUUAGGAAUAUGAUAUUGAUAGAAGUAGGGUAUGAAUUAUAAUUCAGCUAUAGUAUAAUUAUAUUAUUUAUAUUAAAAAUGAUAUAAAAAAUUGUACUCAGAUUUUUUGUAAUAAUUAGAAGAGAGUUGAAGAAGAGAGUAAAAAGAGAAACAUAAAAAAAAAUUUUGAAAUUACAAAAAAUCAACUAAUUUUGAUGAAGGUUCUUAAAUAUAAAUGA